UGCCAUUUUACCCUGAGAGCUGGAGAGUGGAAUCAGGGACUCUGCUUUAUAUGUACACUCGGGGAUCGCCACCAUACACACUUGCACAAUUACUGCAAACCAGUCUCCUGGUCUGACUAGAUAUCCACAAAUUUCUCUUCAGCUUUUCCAUACCUCUUUGGACCAUGCUUCCUGAAUAUGUGUAUGUGAGACCACAGCAUGCAUUCGGUCCAGACAGGGCUGUGGAACCCCCGGCCCCCAUUUAAACAUGUCUUCCCCAUCCCUGCCCCGCCCCCUUCCAACUCGCGCCCCGCUCACGUGAGCUCAACCACCCCAGCCAAACGGAUCACAUUCUACAAAAGUGGUGACAGCCAGUUUGGGGGCGUUAGGAUGGCCAUCCACAAGCGCAGCUUCAAAUGCUUUGACGCCCUGCUGGACGACCUUUCUCAAAAGGUGCCGCUGCCAUUUGGUGUGCGGACUGUGACCACCCCUCGUGGCACUCACACCAUCAAACACCUGGAGCAGCUCCAGGAUGGUGGCUGCUACCUCUGCUCUGACCGACGCCAGGCGAAGCCAGUAAACAUGGAGCUGGUCAACAAACACUCAGGCAUCUGGUACCAUCACAACCGGAGGCCCCAGAGGCCUGAAACGUCAUCCGCAACACCACCUGGCCAUUUGCAUAUGCCUUACAGACAGCGACGGAUCUUGCUCGUGAAGAACAGCGAACCGGGGAUGAGGAGGAGCGUGGUCCUGAGCAGAAGGACAGCCAGGAGCCUGAGAGCUUUUUUAGAUGAGGUGUCCGAAGUGAUGCAGUUUCAUGUCCGCAAGAUCUACACUGUAGAGGGACGCAGGAUUGACAGCAUUCAAAGCCUGAUGACUUGUCCAGGUGUUCUGGUAUGUGUUGGCCGGGAAGCCUUCAGCCCCUUGCUGAUAAACUUUAUUAGGAAAACUUCAGAAGAGAAACUCCCUGGUCUGGGUCCCCGGACUCCUGGAAAUGGGGCACGAUCCCCUGCUACUCAAGGAAUAAGGUCCCCACCUCAUGGAGCUCAAUCCAGAGCCAGUGAGUACAGCGAAGGACAUGAAAGCAAGAAAAAUGUUAACUUUGGUCUGGAAACCAAAAAGAGCAUCAUUCACCCUCGUUCUGAUUCCUCAAACCGCUCGGCACGUUUCUCUUUUUCCUCUGAAAAGUCAUAUGGCAAUGGUGUCACUGCAUGCCCCCAGGGAAAGCCAGCCAUUAUGAAUGAUGACAUUGAAAAGCGUGUUCUGGUAAAUAAAGAUGGCAGCCUCUCGGUGGAGAUGAGGGUGCGUUUUCACCUCCAGAAUGACGAGACCCUCCAGUGGUCCACUCAAAUUAAAAAAUCUCCAUCUCUGAGCAAUGAAUGUUGCCCUCUAAGUCAGGCUCAGCCUCAUUAUCUCCAGCAGGGCCAGUCAGAAAGUUGUUCUGACCCUGAUUCAACAUCCUUUGAUCAGUACGGUGUGGACUAUUCCAGCCAGCCGCUGCAGUGCGAGUUGGAAGGGAACCGCUGCCCGUGUUGCCAUCAGAGGCAUGAACAGCAUUACGACUUAUGGGAAAACCCUGCACACAGCCAUAAAUCAGCUCCUGUUCCACCCCCACAUGCACCCAGCCACACCCACAGUAUGAUGAGACAUACGCACUCUUCUAGCUCUUCCUCAUCGUGCAAUUCAAGAAGGGUGGUGCGCUGCAGAGCACGGCUCUCCAGCUGCGGGGGUGGCUCAGGUUCAGAGCAGAGCAAACUGGUCCAGGAGGAAAUGUGUGUAACCGAGCAGGUUGAGCACAGAUUAGAGGUAGAGCAGGAUGGGGACACCCAUAUUGAGGUACACAAGGUGAGCCGGUGUUGCAGUCGAAGUGAAGUGGUUGUCGCGGACAGUAACCUUCAACCACUCAGAAGAAAGUCAGCUGAAGACGAAGAAGAUCGCCCGCCAUCAGCAGUCAGCAGCUCCUCACAUGUCCUUCAGUCGUUGAAAGAAGAUGAAGAUGAUGAGGACGAUGAUCUGCCACCAAGCAUCUCACGGUGUUACCAUAGCAAUGAACCGUCCCCAACCCCUGAAACUCAACUGCACGAAAAGCCAAUAAAUGACGUCUCAGCCAAUUCUUUCCACUCUACCAAACACAAGGAGCAGGAAGAGCUAGGAAGCAGGGCAGUGUCUGCAGCCUCUUCCUGUCUCUGUGGAGGAGCUGCCGCUUGCUCAGCUGGCCCAGAUGAGGUAGAUCAAGUCCCUUGCAACACAUCUAAAAUAAGCGUAACCAGGAUGUCAGAAUCAGAGGAAGGAGGGGCCUGUGAUGAUGAUGAAGGGAUAAAGAGGGCUGUAAGUGACUUGUCAAAUCACACAGGACUCUCAGCAAGCUCUCAAAAGUCAGCGACUUCCAGCGUGUGUCCGAAUUGCGGGGGCUGCAAACGCAAGGUCGAUUCUGUUUCCGGUGGCAGGGAAUCACAGAGAACCAAUCGUUCCAACCAAGCCUCUCCCCUUCCUAACAGUGAUGAUGCUGCCUCAGAUGUUUCUACCCAAUCCAACAAAACCAACCUCACCAAUAAUGGACGCCUCUCUGCCACACCAAAUAUCUUGGAGGGCAAAGUAUCCAGUGCCAUGUCUAGAACAUCCAGUCCUCAGGCAACACAAAAAGAGAAAGAAAGGGCUCCCAGUGCUACUUCAGCUACAAGCCACAGGUCCAAUAGAUCACACAACUCUGGCUGUAAGGGCAGCGCUGAUAUUCGUGGAAAAAAAGAGGACAAGAGAAGCUUCAGCGUAGUGUCAAAUCAGUCUGCAAAGUCCAGCAAGUCUGAACAAACAAGUGAAGCUCCUGAUAUCAGUUCAAGGGAGACAGCAGUCAGCGAGAACACUGUAGAAAGAGCAGUCAGCUCCUUGUCAGCCAAAUCUUGUGUUUCAGCUCAGACUGAUGCAUCAGUCAAGUCUCGUAACUCCACCUGUCAGUCAGGAGCUAAAGGCACAUCCCAAAGUGACAAUCCAGCUGUAGAAGAGCGUGACCCAAACAACAGAGCUCCCAGUAGCCUCUCUGUGAAGUCAAAUGUGUUUGCAAAGGCUGAAAAGGCUGAAAGACCUGAUAGUGCUAGAUCAAAAAACUCAAAUAUUUCUGUAAAGUCCAGCAUAUCUCAGAGGUCGACUUGCAGUAACUGUGUAAAAGCGACAGGAGUUGAAGCUACCAUAAAGGUAACUGGAAAAGGAACAGAAACAGAGGUAGAGGAAAGACCAACAAGUGCAAUGUCAUCAAAGUCCAACCUGUCUGCAAAGUCUAUUAAAUCCCAUAAGUCCACUAAAGCCUCAGAGCCUGGGGGAGAGGGAGAAGAAAGGGCACCAAGUCAAAUGUCUGGCACGUCAGUUAAAUCGAACAAGUCUGCUAAGUCUACAAAGUCGUUCAGGUCUAAAUGUGAUGGCAAUGAAAUGGUGACAUGUUCAAGCUCAAAGACAGCAGAUGAAGCUGAAGAAAAAAAGAACAAUCUUAAACUGGUAAAUAAUGAGAGGACACCCAGUGCAGAGUCCUCCAAAUCUCAUGAAUCUGACAGUAAUCAAAACACAGAAUCAGACUCCGAAAUAGUACACAAAACAGAAAAAGCUGAGAAGCGAACUGCUAGUAUUUUAUCCCAUAAGUCAGCUUCCUCUGCAAAGUCUCACAGUACAAAGAUAGAGGGAGAUGACAUGGUGGACAGAGCCCCUAGUGCCAAGUCCUCCAAGUCCCAGAAGUCAAAUCACACAACUGCAUCUCCAGUUCCAAGUGAAGCUAAAGAAAAUCAGGAGAGGGUGGAAAGUGUCAUGUCUGCCAAGUCAAAAUCUUCAGUAAGGUCCAACAUUUCUCAUAAAUCAAAUUCAAGUGCAAAUGUUGUCACCAUUAAAACGCCUACAGUUGAUGACGAGGAAAAUGUGACGAAUGAGAGAGCACCAAGUGCUGCAUCAGGAAGAUCAAAUGUUUCAUCUACAGUGUCUCAAAAGUCAAAUUGUAAUGGAAAAACUGAUAUUUCUAUUAUUGAAACAGCGGAUGGAGACAAAAAGGUAACAAAUGAGAGUGCACCAAAAAUUAAAUCUAAUGUACAAACUCUUUCACCUAAGCGAACACGUUCGCCGCGGAUGCGCUCUCCCGAUGCUUCAGCCGCAUCCACCAAAAGUUGUAAGUCUCCUGUGCAGCAGUUGUUGAAUGGCUCUGAUGCUGGAGACACAAGAGGGCCCAGUGUCUUGUCAGUUCACUCCGCGGGCUCUGCUAAAUCUGGCAAAUCCAGAUGCUGCUGUGGAGCCACUUCAGAAUUUGAUGAGGCAAAGACGGAAAAGGAGAACAAGGAUAAAGAGGUGAAGCUCAAGGUGAAAAGUGAGAAUGUUUCUGAGCGAGCAGGCAGUGCCGUGUCAUCAGGAGGCACAGACCAUCCUUUGAGUCAGAACUCAACAGAAUCGGUCUCUCUUGGGUUACCUGAAGAAACAUCUGCCUCAGACAGUGGGAAGUCUAGCGUCUGUGUUCACAGAAGUGCUGAGAGCAAUGACGAGGGCCAGGCAAAGACCUCAACUCCCAGUCUCCCAAAAAGCCCAGAGGUUUCCACCAUGAAGGAGGAUGUGGAGAUAACGGGGUCCACCGUUUCUCAAAAAUCCAACAGUACUGGCAGGAGGAGGGGUUCAGCAGUGGAUAUCCCAACUAUUGAAACUCCAUCAGGUGAAGAAAAUGGAUUGCAAAAGACAGAAAAAGCAGCAAGUACAAUUUCAGUCAGAAGCAGCAGGUCUAACAAGUCUUCUUGCAACUGUAAGUCUAAAGAAAAACAUGCUAAUGCUAGCUCGACCAAACUUGGAAAUGGCAGUGAAACAGAAAAUGUGAAGUCUGCUCCAGUGACAAAUAGUAGCAACAGCAGGAACUCAUCUGCAAUGUCAUUAGCAGGUGCGAAAGUCCAGAUAAAAUCCUCUGCAAACACAACAGCAAAAACAGUUCCUGGAAACUCAGAAAAUAAUGGCACGGAAAAUCAAAAAAACCCUAGAGCAGCUAGUGAGGCCAAACAGGAAGAAGACACUGCAUACAGUAAAGUAAUCUCCUCCCAAAGUCCCUGUUGCCUCAGGGCUGAGUCGGCAGAUUUAGCUUCAGAUCAGAGUAAAGAAAAAGAUCAGGUCGAAUGUAAGUCCAGAUUUAGCACAGGGAGCGAUUGUGGUAGUGUCAAAAUGGCCAGCUCUCUGAAGAAAGGAACCCCUAUCAAGUCCUCAAGCCCUUGUCCCUUACACAGCAAAGUAGAGACAUGCAGUGAAAGCACUUUGUCUCAAUCUCUGUCUGCUGCUGACUUGCUAAAGGAAACAAUGGCUGCAGCACGCCCAUGCAGCCGACAAUCUAAAGCCAGUAAGUCCAGUGACAAGUCCAAGAGCAAGAAAAGUGGAAUGUGUCAAAGACGCAGCAAUCAGAUGGAUAAAAGAGAGGAACUGACACCUGCCUGUUUGCCCAACACGUCCCCCAGUGAGGUUGUUAGUGACUGGCUGCGAAGUAUUCCUGCUAACAGCAGCAUGCUAGCACUUGGCGAUGAGUUUAAUGAGGAAGAGCUGACGCCAAAGGAAAUGGAAGAGAUGCCUGGAGGAGAGUUAGCACAGGAGAGUCCUGAAGGUGAGAAGUUAGAAUUGGAGGAAAAAGGUGACCCUGAAGAGGAUGAAGAGAAAGAAGAUGAAGCUAAAUGUGAGAUAGCACAGGAGGAGAAGGGCUCAGAUCCAACUUCAGGAGAUGCAGAGGGGACUUCUGGUCGCCCUAGUGCUCUACUAUUACAAAGUGAGGCUCUGCCUAGAAGCUGGCAGUCUUCUGCAGCUGUGAUGAAAGUUCUUCUAAGUUCUUCUCUGGGUCGAUGUAGGAGUAUGCCCGAGGUGUCUCCGGUUUAUGGACGCCGACUAAGCACAUCAGCCAGGGGUCUUUUGGACUGUUUGGCCCAGCUCCAGCUCAUUGAGCCUUCAUUGGGCCCUGGCUGUGAUGUACAGAAGGGUCGCAGCCAGCAGUAUGAAGACAUAAUGGCUAUCCUUCAUUCCCUGUGGCUCACUGAGCCUGGGAACAUCCAAGCCAAGGAGACAAAGGAGAACAAGAACAGUAGCUCAGAGCAGGUGACACCACCAAGGUCCUCAUCUGGGGUGGAUAUGAGCAGUGGCUCUGCAGGUUCAGGGAAGGGAAAUGGCAAUCAAGGAGGAGAUGAGACACCUCCAAAAGAGAGAGAAUCUCUACAAGCACACGAGGUAGCAGAGAACAUUGUAGAAGAGGAGGAAGAGGGAAAUGAAAUGGCAGGAGAUACAGAUAUUGAGACAGAACACAAGGAAACAUUCACAGACCAAGCUAAGGCAGACACAGCAGAGGAACCAGUGCAAAGUGAAGAAGCUCCUCAAAAAAGCGAAAGCUCCAAACCCUCAGAGUCAUCAGACAAGACCUCUGCCAAAGACAGUUCCAAAUCUCCCACCGAUAAUGAGCACGAGACAUUGGAAGACUCUAGUACAGGCACACCCCCAACUGUUCUUCGAGCAUCUUUGGCCAAAAGACCAUCCCAAGACCCUGACCCAGUGUGGGUACUUCACCUUCUGAAGAAGCUUGAAAAACAGUUUAUGGUCCACUACAUUAAUGCAGUGGCAGAGUUCAAAGUUCGAUGGGAUCUAGAUGACAGUCACAUCCUGGACACCAUGAUAUGCGAGCUGAGGGAUGAGGUGAGCCGACGCAUCCAGGGCAGUAUUGAACGUGAAAUGAGGAAGAUUCAGGGUCGAGCGGGGAGAGGUGGUAGGUCACCUCGGCCGCCACAAGGAACACAUCUCUCCAGAGAGUCCACUACAACAGAGAAGAGACGUCAGAUGUUGAAGAUUAUGAAGAAACAGUCGGUGAAGACCAGCGAGUCCCUCAGCGACGGAGAGAUGACGGGGGAGUUCAGCGACCAGCGAAGUGACGACGAAUACUGUCCAUGCGAAGCUUGUGUUCGAAAGAAAAUGGCUGCACGGCCUUUCAAAAUCAACCCGCUAGCGGCUGAAGCACCGGUGAUGAAGGACUUUGACCUACUUAAGAUACUUCAGCUGAAGAAAAGCCCAGCCCCUGCAACCGUGCCGCAGCCUGCGGCAGUGGAAGACGAAAGCCAGGCGGCUGUAGACGACGAUGGGAGGAAUUUAGACGUAGUCCAGGAGGAAGAGGAAGACGAGGAAACCAAAGAGGACAUCAGAGCUGUUGUUGUUUUAGAGGAGACGAUUGCAGAGGAAGAUGAAGAGGCUGAAAAAGAAAACGAUGACGGUAAAGCAAGGGAAGAAGAGGAGACAGAAGAUGAACAGGAGGAAAAUGAGGAAAGUGAUGCAAGCAAAGAGGAGGAGGAAGAAGAAGGAACAAGUGGUGAAGAAGUGAGAGAAGAUGAGACAUCAGAAACUGGAGGGGAGGAUGAAGAACAUCAGUGUAAGUGUACCAGAAACGAGGAUGAGAGUGACCAAGAGGAGGAGGGAGAGGAGCAAACAGGAGAGGAUGAAGAAGAGAUGGGAGAAGAUGAAACAGAGGAAAAUGAGGGAGACACAGGAACUGGCGAAGAAGAGGAGACAAGCGACCAAGACACAGUAAAAGAGGCGUCAGUGGGCAAAGGAGAAACCCCAGAAAAUGAAGAGAGUGAUGAGAGAGUAGACGAUGAAGAAAAACCCACCGAGGGUGAAAGUGUGGAAGAGGGGGAGGAUAGUGCCGCAGAAACGACAGAAAAUGAAAAGUCGACAUUGUCAAAGGAGGUUGCAGAGAGGGACAGUGCGUCAGCAGAGGGUGACGAUGACGAGGAAGACAACACAGGAGAGGGUGAAUCGAGUGAGGAACAGGAAGGGGAGGCAUCUGAAAAGGAAAGAACCUCGCCACAGGGGCAGGACGCGAUUCCAGCUGCCUGCAUGACCGAGGGAGAGGAGGCAGACGCGGAAGACUCGGACAUAGAUAGCAAACGUUCAAGCGACACCACUGCUGACAAAUCGGGAUCGGAGGAGAAGGAAGAGAGUGGAGAAGACAAAGAUGAGGAGGAAGAUGCUGUUAAAGAGUUCAAGCUAGAGGAAGAGGAUAAGGCAAAUGGAAGCAAAGGAGAGGAUGGUGCUCUUCUGCAUCAGUUCACCAGAACCUCAGUGGAGUCCCAGCCUGGCUCAUUGGAGGACAUCGACGCUGAGUCCCCACAAAAUCCUGUGGACUCCACUGAAGUGUCCAAAACAGCUGACAGCAUAUCCACAGGUGGUAGCAAUGGCCAGAGAAGGAGCCGGUCACCAGCCAAGGUCAAGCAACUCAAACCGAAAGAGGGUUAAGACAAACUGGACAGUUUUUGGAUACACCUCAGGACACUUUCAAAGACUAUUCGCCAGGUGAAUCCCCAACUUAGUGACAUAGUUUUAAAAACAUAAUUUGCUCUUCCUGGGACUACACUGGAUCAACAUAGGCAUUUUUAUAGGUUUAAAGACUCACUUAAAAACUUGAAGCACUUUAUUAAUCCAGAUCUUGUUUAGGAGGAACAAAACUAAUUUAUGUUACAAAAGCAAAAUGAAACUUGAAACCAGUCUAUCGUACAUUUAUUGUGUUUAUAAUGGAUCUGUGUAUAUUUUUGAAGUUAACUGUAUGUAAGAAGGCAUAUGAGAAUAUAUUUUUGAAAAACUAACACUUGGUAUCUAUGGGUGACUUAUCAGAACUCAGUUUUGUGCUCAGUGGACAGAUUUAUUGCUGUAUUGAAUGGAAUAGCUUUUUAUAUUUACUACACGUUUGCUCAGCCGUGGCAGUUGUAUUUACUUGGGUUAUCGGUUCAGUUCUGCGAUUAUUUCUUGGAGCUGUAUCAUUGAGUCAGUGCUGGAUUCUCAGGGUUUUGGUCACCCAGCUUGCUUUGAUUUUUUUACCCUGAAAAACAUACUAGAAGUAAUCCUUGAAGGUCUUUUAUAACUUGUGGGUUUUUUGUCAUAUUUCACCCUGCUUAUAAAACAAAGUGACUGGGUGUGCAUCAGAAGUUAGUGAGGGUGGUCUCUGCCGCUGCAGCUACGGAAAAACCCCAAACUAUUCUACUCUACUGCUCUUCAAACCAUGUCUUCAUUAUAUAUAUAUUUAGUUGUCAAAACUUGUCAUUAAGUGUACAAAGGAAGUCAUAAAAUGUCAUUGUCGUGGAGAUUUAAAAAAAGGUUAUUUCCUAGCUUACCUAUUAUUUAACUACUUGUUUAAAUCUUUAACCUGUUAAAUCAAUUGUUUAAACCUAUACAAGUCUGUAAUGUGAUUACAUUAGAAUCUUUUUUUUGAAAAAUAGGCUUGUUUGCUUUCUUGCUGAGCUAGUAUGAAGACUUAUCAGCACUAUCAAGCGUACACACUUAAAAGCUAGAAUUAGCUUAGCUUAGCAUAGCUAAUUACUGACCUUUAGAGUGUCUAAUAAACUAAUGUCAUUUUUAUUGUCCUCUAAACAAAGCUAGCUCACAGUUUCCUUUUUCUUCCAGUGUUAAGUUAAACAAAGCUCAUUAACUCCCAACUUUGUAUUCAUUUAGCAUUUAGCUUGCAUAUAUAAAUGUUUUCUUAGUCAAUUCUUAGCAAGAAAGUAAACAGCUGUAUUUUUCAAAAUGUCAAAGUAUUCUAUUUUCAGGUACCUUCAAAUAAUACAUACUGUACUUUAAUAACAAUGUAUUAUCUUUGAAUUCUUGACAGUUAGAAUGUGUUUUAACUGUGCUGUACCUCACUGUAUUUAUGUAAUCCUAUUACUGUGAUCAUACCAUAAAUGCUUUUUGUCCCAGGAGAAACAGUGUGCAGCAUGUAGCUGCAGGAAAUUUUAGGAGACGGCAGCCUGACUUUAAGGUUGAUGUAAACCUUUCUCUGCUGCUUUGGUAAAGGAGUCUCCUUAGGUGUGUGUUACAUGCUGUAGAUACUGGCGGAGUUUGCACACCAGCCAUGUGGAACAACAGCGUGAAGCGUGUUACUGAUGCCUUAUUGUAUCCAUGGUUACAUAGAGGAUGAUCGACACAAACAGAGGAGGAGAUCACACUUAAGUUAGUGGCUCUCCAUUAGACUCACAAAGCCUGUUAAACAAGCUGGAAUGAGUCAAAGCUGCUGGUAAAGGCUUCAGGCUUACUCUUCAACUGUAUAUUAGAGCAGGGACACUGCACACGGUCAGUGUGUGCUCAGGACAGUGAGAAUGAGGCGCUUAUCUCUUACUGCUUAGUUUGACAAAAGCCUCCUAUUUUGUGGCACCAAGAAGGUGUGUGUGCCUAUGCUGUUACUGGUCUGUCUGUCCGUCCACUAAUCUUAAGCAUCACAAAGUGAACAUCAUGUACUUAGAGCAAAUGAUUAUAUGAAUGUAAUGAUACUGACAGAAAUAAAAUAAAUGCACUGAA